AUGGAUCCAGAUCAUAGUAUUAAUAUUAAUAAUACAUCAAACGUCGUUGAGGAAGCUCAAAUUAAUGAGAUUCAGACGCCUUCUGUGGAGCCAAUAACAUUCGAUAAUAACGGGAAUGAACCUGCCGUUCAAGACGGUGACCAUCAUGCGUCUAAGUCAAAUACUGAAGAAAAUGAUGUUGUAGUAGAUAGGGCCAUCAUAGAUAACAUCCCUGUGGAGGAUGAUGCUCCAGUCGAGAGAAAACGUAAACAUAUUGCUUCUGGGAAUGAUUCAGAAGAAGAUUCAGAGGAGGAAAAUAAUCAGGUUGAUACGACGCCAGAAGUAGACACAGGCAGACCAAUGACUAAACGUCAAGAGUUAGAAGAUAGAUUAGAUAGGCUAUUGAAAAAGCCAAAAGUCAGAAGGUCAAGAAGAGAUGAAGAUGAUUUAGAGCAAUAUUUAGACGAAAAAAUUUUAAGACUUAAGGAUGAAAUGAAUAUUGCUGCUCAAAUGGAUAUAGAAACCUUGAAUAAGAGGAUUGAAACUGGUAAUACCUCUUUAAUUGCUAUCCAGAAAGUCAGACUGUUACCAAAGGUAGAAAGCAUACUAUCGAAGGCAAAUUUAGCAGAUACUAUUUUAGAUAAUAAUCUUCUACAGAGUGUCAGAAUCUGGCUGGAACCAUUACCCGAUGGAUCUCUGCCAUCUUUUGAAAUUCAAAAGUCACUCUUUGCUGCUAUCAAAGAUUUACCAAUAAAAACAGAACAUUUAAAAGAAAGUGGACUCGGUAGGGUGAUGAUCUUUUAUACCAAAUCCAAACGUGUGGAACCACAGUUAUCUAGAAUGGCUGAUAGACUAAUUGCGGAAUGGACAAGACCCAUCAUUGGGGCAUCUGAUAAUUAUAGAGAUCUAAGAAUUACCAAAUUAGAAUUUGACUAUGAAAGAUCAAGAAAGAAAUCUGCAUUAGACUCAGCUAUCAGCAGAAAGAGAAAACUUAAUAAAACCAACAGCGCUACUGGCGAAAGAUCAAAUACGCAAACAUUAUAUGAGCAAGCUGCUGCAAGAAGAAAUAGGGCAGCUGCACCUGCACAAACGACAACAGAUUAUAAAUACGCCCCUGUCAGCAACCUAAGCGCCAUACAAAAUAAUGCAAGGACUACUGGUGUUGGCUCUACUUUAACCAAUAAUGAUAUGUACAAGAGAUUAAAUGCAAGUCUCCAUAAAAACAAGAAGAAAUAG